AUGUCCAGUGAAAUCCAUAUUCCAAGGAAUAUAUCUUGCCCUGUCUCUCCCAUUGGAAGCCCACUUUUGAGGUCAAUAUCGCCACAGCACAGGAAUGGGAAAAUGUCUCCUUCUCCUAUAUCCAGCCCUCGGACUGCUUCUGGGGCAUCCACACCUCUCGCUGGUUGCAGUGGUGCCAUUCCAUUUGGUGGCAUUGGGGCAUCCAGACAGUUUAUUUACUUUCAAGAGGGUUUUGGAAGCAUUCCUAAGUCCUCAAAUGGUAUGUACGUUAAUGGCCCUGCUCAUCAUGACUCAAGUGUUGACAUUUUUCGAGGAGUGCAAAUAGGGUCUCACAUUCCAUCAGAACUGGUUUCCAGUGAAAAUGAUGUUCUGGUUAAGCAGUUUGCAAGGCCUCCACAUGCAGGGCCAUAUGAUUUUCAGUCAGUCUUGGCGGAUCGUGUUGGUCGGCAGCUUCUGUGUGAACAUGUUAAGAUCAACCCAUCCCUUGAUCUCAGUCCCAGCUCAUCUUUGCUUAGCCGGCCAAAUGGUUUAUGA